AUGGCUGGCUGGUACUUUGUGUCUGACAGAAGCAACGGCCAUCACCUGUUGGACCUCUGUGCAACGCACGUCUCGUCAUCGACGAGAUACCGUUUCCGCAUCAUCGAAUCCAUUAGCCGACGGGAGGAUGUCAGAACCAAACUGGAGUGUGGCCAAACCGAUCACGUGCUGAUAAACAACAAAUGGCGAAACGCCUUCUGCGACACUCUGGCGAAACAACUUGCGGACAUUGGAACUAGCGGUCGCGAAGCUCCGCCUUUCCUUCGCAACGACUGGAGCAACAUCCCGGAAAAGAGGGAGGAUGGGUACACCAGUUUCGGCAAGGAGACCUUGUAA